UGGUGCAAAAAUGAAAAAGAUUGAUCGUCUAGUUUCGGAGAUAUUGAAUUUUAAAAAUUGAAUUUUUGAAUCUUUUUUUUCUGAAGAUUGGUAGUACAUGGUCAUGGUCUGUGGUUAAGUUUCCCCCGCUUUGUUCGCAAAAAACCCAACGAUGGACAAAGAUAACGAACCCGUUGGUAACUGCCCUAUUUGCGACAAGCCCUUUUCGUUAAGCUUGAUCGAAAGUCACGUUAACAAAUGUAUCUUCCUGAACUCGGCGGACGCUGAAGACAUGCCGAAACGCAAACGGUCCCCCUCGCCAAUUCUCCCCCAGAACACUACCAAACCAAAGACAACCCAAAAAAUGGAUUUAGUUUCACCAUCCAAGAAACCAAAAACCUCGUCUUCAACAAGCACCACCAAAGAGAACCCCCUGACCUUUACAACCCCCUUAGCCAAGCAGCUCCAACCCAAGUGCCUGGACGACUUCAUGGGCCAAAGCCACGUCCUGGGCGAAAACACCGUGCUGAGGACCCUACUGGAGAAAGGAGACAUUCCCAACAUGGUCCUGUGGGGGCCCCCCGGCUGCGGCAAAACGUCCCUCUCGGGGGUGAUCCAAGGCAUAUGUAAGAGCAACCCCACGAAAUUAAAAUUCGUGUCGUUAUGUGCGGCCACUGCGGGCGUUAAAGACGUGCAAAAUAUAGUCUCGGCAGCGAAGCUGCAGCAGAAAUUUGGGUGCCGCACUGUUUUAUUCAUGGAUGAGAUACACAGGUUUAAUAAAAAGCAGCAGGACAUUUUCCUGUUGCAUGUGGAGAAAGGGGACAUUAUUUUAGUGGGGGCCACCACUGAAAACCCGUCGUUUACUGUAAAUUCGGCACUUUUGAGCCGCUGUCGUGUGAUUGUCUUGCAAAAGUUGGACCCCGAUUGCUUGUAUCAAAUUUUGGAACGGGGGGCUCGGAAUUUCAACGUGGAAGUUGUAGAUAAGGGGGCAAGGAGUAAAGGAUUUGCGGUGCAAGCAGACGCGCUUAAGUGGUUGGCUGAUAUAAGCGAUGGGGACGCCAGGAUUGCCCUGGGGAACCUACAACUAGUUCUCCAAUACAAUGAGGAUAAAAAUAAAGUUGUUACGAUCGAGGAUAUUAAGGAAAAAAUCAAGAAAUCUCAUUUGUUGUAUGAUCGCAAAGGGGAAGAACACUAUAAUGUUAUUUCAGCAAUGCACAAGUCAAUCAGGGGCUCAGACCCCAAUGCGGCCCUUUACUGGACCACGAGAAUGAUAGUCAGUGGUGAAGACCCUCUCUACAUUGCUCGCAGAAUGGUCAGGGCUGCUAGUGAAGAUAUUGGUAAUGCAGACCCUAGAGCCCUACAACUGGCAGUCAGUACAAUGCAAGGGUGUCAAUUGUUAGGGAUGCCCGAAUGUGACGUACUUUUGGCCCAGUGUGCAAUUUAUUUAGCCAGAGCCCCUAAGUCAAGAGAGGCCGAUUCGGCUUUAGCUAGAGCAAAACAGCUCAUUAAAAGUUGUGAAGGGUUGCAACCCUCUGUUCCUAUGCAUUUGAGAAACGCUCCAACAAGAUUAAUGAAAGAUUUGGGGUAUGGAAAACUUGAGGGUGAUGAACGGUAUUACAUGCCUCCAGAACUCAAAAACGUGGAUUUUUUCAAGUAACUUCGCCACCAAAUGUUUUUUACGUUCUUUAUUUAUCAAAUCUGUAAUAUACAGACUCCUACAAUCACUGUUAUUGUAACAGGAAUAUAAUAACUAAAAUGGAUUGUUCAAAAUAUAAA